CGCUAGCGUGCCAUCUCUAGAAAAUCAAGCAAAGAAGGAAGCCGCAUUUUUGCGACAAUAAACGCAAAAAAGCAACUAAGGAGCGAAAUAAAAAGACUUUAACUGCAUUUAACAAGCCAUAAGUUCAAUCAGACAUGGCUCUUGUGAAACCUAAGUCGGAACUGACUCCGGAGGAGCUGGCCCGCCAGGAGGAGGAGGAGUUCAACACCGGGCCGCUGUCCGUGCUCACGCAAUCCGUGAAGAACAACACCCAGGUGCUCAUCAACUGCCGCAACAACAAGAAGCUCCUCGGCAGGGUCAAGGCCUUCGAUCGCCACUGCAACAUGGUCCUGGAAAACGUCAAGGAAAUGUGGACGGAGCUGCCGCGCACCGGAAAGGGAAAGAAGAAGGUGAAGCCCGUGAACAAGGACCGCUUCAUUUCGAAGAUGUUCCUGCGCGGCGACUCCGUGAUCCUGGUGCUCAGAAACCCCCUGGCCACGGCGGCCGGGAAAUAGUCUACCAUAGCGAUAGCGUACAGUAACCAAUAGCCACCAACUACAGUCAAUAAAUUCAAAAAUCGAUUAACUUUAUCAAGAAA